AUUGCCUUAGGUACUGUCUCCAAUAUUGUUGAGGCAUUGACCUGGCUUAGUUACACCUAUCUAUUCAUUCGCAUUCGUCAGAACCCACACAACUACGGAAUCACUCCAGAGGAAUCCUCUCGUGAUCCCGAUCUGUCAGAUUUCCUGUCUAGAGUAGUUCACUCCACGGCUACAGAUUUAGAUGCCGCUGAGAUGGUACGAUACGAGCCCACCUUAGGUCAUCUGGCUCCCACUGACCGAGGUCGUACAGCCAGUCUUUACUAUAUCCGGUUCUCCACAGCUACCAUGGUUCGAGAACAGCUCAAUCCGGUCAUGAUGCCACAAGACUUAUUCGCUCUGAUCUCAAAGGCCAGCGAGUUCGCCGCUAUGAAGGUUCGUGAAGAAGAAUCGAUCGAGCUUGCUGGGCUCCGUGAUCAGGUCUGUCGUCUCCAAGUAAAUAUCUUGAAAUCAACAACGAAUUUGACUUUAGACAAGCUGAACACUCUUAGGGCGAGUAUGAGCUUAAGCGGCAACAGUCACAGACCUGCUAGACCGCCUGACGGAGCCUCUGGCAGUAAGCAUCAGCAUCCCCAACAAUCAGCGUCCGAGGCGCUUCAUUCUCAGCUGUCAGAGGAAGAAGCUGCGGCUCUGGCUGAGGCUGCAAGCGUAGAAGUAGAGAGCAAAGUGAACACUUUGCUGCAAGCUUACAUCAGCCGACAUGAGCCAACCGGACAUUCUCUUGUCUCCGACCAGAACUACAUUAUGCAGAAUGCCGGUCGCCUUGUGCGAUAUGUCUUCGAGAUCGCCCUUCAUCGAGGCUGGUCUAGCUGUGCUGAGCGUAGUCUUCAGCUAGCCAAGGUAGUUGGUCCUUUACAAAAUAUAGGGCACUAUCUAGGGUAUUGUGCUUAA